UUCAAGAAAGAAAUAAACAUUAAAAUGAUAGAUCAUAAUUAUUGAAUCAGAUUGUCAUUGGAGAAAAUUCCUUGGUGUUGCAACUCAAAAAACCCUGCCAAAUAGACUUUUACCUCAACAGUUGUCUGUGUGUUUGUGCAUGUUCAAAAUUUUUAUGUGUUUUUAUUCAGCAGGCUGAGAAUAACCAUAGGUGACUCAAAUUUUACAAGCAAGAAAAAAACAAGGGAAUCAUAUUAGAAAAUGUACAUCAGAAAUGUGAAAUUGCUGUUUUUAUUUAAUUCUGCAAAGAACUGUUUAAUCAACAGUGUUUAGAAGUUAGUCAAGUAUGUAAACCCUCAUUGAUUUUUUCUGUUUACCCUUCAAUGUUUAUCAGAACUGAGCAGUUUCUCAACUGUUGCUGGGAAAUCAUGUGUAUGUUGUGUUUACACAUGUGUACAGAAACCUUUGAGAAGGGGACGGAUGAGACGGUAGUGAGGACAGGUAGAGGUGUGAGAGGAUAGAAGGAGAGUGCUGCAGAGCUAGAGUCUUCAUUGACAGCAGAUCAGGAUCGGGUAGGAGGAUGUGUAGAACUGCACUGUGGCUGCUGGCCUCUCUGGCCUUUGCCUCCCUGGCUUCUCUGGCUGAUGGAGCUCCAUUAAAAGUGAUGGCUGCCCCCAACUUGUUGCGGGUAGGAACAGCAGAAAACAUCUUUGUGGAGUGUCAAGAUUGCACCGGAGGUGACAUCAGGGUCGAAAUCAAAGUGUUGAGCCAUCCAACCAAAACCAAAAUGCUGGCAAUCACAUCUGUGACCCUUAAUGGAGCAAACAGCUUCCAGAGCUUCGGACAAAUUACGGUAAAAAUAAAUACUAUCCCUGCUGGGGAAUUCAGUAAGGAUCCUAACAUGAAGCAGUAUGUGUACCUGCAAGCUCAGUUCCCUGACCAUCUGCUGGAGAAAGUCGUCUUAGUCUCCUUCCAGUCUGGCUACAUCUUCAUCCAGACCGACAAGACCCUCUACACCCCCGACAGCGAAGUACAUUACAGGAUGUUUGCAGUGACGCCCAGUAUGAAGCCAGUAGAGAGAGAUACAGCAACCCAAGUUGAUACUUACAUUGUCAUUGAGACUGUGAGCCCUGAAGGCUUCAUUAGAUCAUUUGAUCCAGUUUCUCUGGAAUCAGGCAUCCACUCUGGAAAGUUCAGACUGGGUGAAAUUGUCAGUCCCGGACUGUGGAAGGUGGUUACCAGGUUCCGGAGCAACCCACAGCAGAGCUUCUCUACACAGUUUGAGGUCAAAGAAUACACGCUGCCCAGUUUUGAGGUUAAACUGAUGCCUCUUACGGCUUUCUUCUAUGCGGACAGCAAAGACUUCACCGUCGACAUUAAAGCUACGUAUCUGUUUGGUAUAGAGGUGGACGGGACAGCCUACGUAGUGUUUGGGGUUGUGCAGGAGGGUCAAAAGUACAGCUUUCCCAGCUCUCUUCAGAGAGUGCCGGUCGAGAAUGGUCUUGGACAGGUUAAAUUGAGGAGAGAGCACAUCACACGGACCUUCCCAAACAUCAAUGAGCUGGUGGGGAAGUCCAUAUAUGUAGCUGUCAGCGUGCUGACAGAUAGCGGUAGUGAAAUGGUGGAGGCAGAGUUGAGAGGCAUCCAGAUUGUCACAUCACCUUACACCAUCCACUUCAAGAAAACACCCAAAUAUUUCAAACCAGGAAUGUCCUUUGAAGUGACGAUUGAAGUUCUGAAUCCUGAUGAGACUCCAGCACAACAUGUUGUUGUGGUAGUCGAUCCAGGCCUGUCGCAGGGCAUCAGUGCAUCCAAUGGCAUGGCCAAGCUUGUCGUCAAUACAGAUGUACAGGCCCCAAGACUGACGAUCACUGCAAAGACCAGCGAUCCUCGCAUUUUACCUGAAAGGCAAGCAUCAGCCACCAUGGUAGCUCUCCCAUAUACUACCAAAAACAAUAACUACAUCCACAUAGGGGUGGAUACAGCUGAGAUGGAAUUAGGGGACAACUUGAAAAUCAACCUCAUCCUCAACAGGCAGCAAACUCAAGACAUCACAUACCUGAUCCUAAGCAGAGGUCAGCUGGUGAAACAUGGCCGUCACCAGUUAAAAGGACAAAUACUGAUUUCCUUGUCAUUGCCCAUCACCAAAGAGAUGCUGCCAUCAUUCCGCAUCAUAGCCUACUACCAUACAGUUGACAAUGAAGUGGUAUCAGACUCUGUUUGGGUGGAUGUCAAGGACUCCUGCAUGGGCUCGCUGAAGCUGGAAUCAUCAAGACCUGCUCCAACCUAUGAGCCUCGCAGGAUGUUUGGUCUAAAGGUCACAGGAGACCCAGGAGCCGUAGUGGGACUGGUGGCAGUUGACAAAGGCGUCUAUGCCCUAAACAACAAACACCGCCUCACCCAGAAAAAGGUGUGGGACCAAAUAGAGAAGUACGACACAGGCUGCACACCAGGUGGAGGGAAGGACAGCAUGAGUGUGUUCUACGAUGCUGGGCUGUUAUUCGAGUCCAGCACCGCUUCUGGGACCCCCUAUAGACAAGAAUUGAAAUGUCCGACCCCCAGCAGGAGGAGACGUGCCACUACAGCCGUCGCAUCCAGCUUAAGUGAGGAAGAUGACAACAGUUACAUGGACAGCAAUGAGAUUAUUGCUCGCACCAAAUUCCCUGAAAGUUGGCUGUGGUUAGAUAUCACACUGCCUGCUUGCCCUCCACAAGAACCUAAUUGUAACAAAGUAGUCUAUCAUAGAAAUAUCCAUUCGCAAGACUCAAUCACAACCUGGGAAUUGACUGGCAUUAGUCUGUCAAGAACCAAUGGAAUCUGUGUUGGCGAUCCGUUAGAGGUAAUUGUCCGGAAGGAUUUCUUCAUUGAUCUCAGGCUGCCUUACUCUGCUGUCCGUGGAGAGCAGGUAGAAGUUCAGGCAAUUCUCCACAACUACAGCCCAGACUAUCUCACAGUGCGUGUGGAUCUGAUUGAGGCAGAGCAUGUGUGCAGUUCAGCCUCUAAGCGUGGAAAGUAUCGUCAGGAGGUUAAAGUUGGGCCCGAAACGACACGAUCUGUACCCUUUAUCAUUAUUCCCAUGAAGGAGGGACAAUACCCAAUUGAGGUUAAAGCAGCUGUUAAAGACUCGUAUCUCAGUGAUGGAAUCCGGAAGAUGCUGCGGGUGGUGCCUGAAGGCGUACUGGUUAAAUCUAAAGAAAGCAUAACUCUGGACCCUAAAGAUGGUAAACAAGAAGUAAUUAUCAACAGUAGAAUUCCUAAGAAGGAUUUGGUUCCAGACACACCUACUAGAACACAGAUCUCUGUGACAGGGAGAGAGCAAGUAAGUCAACUGGUGGAGAACGCCAUUAGUGGGACAUCAAUGGGUAGUCUGAUUUUCCAGCCCUCAGGCAAUGGAGAGGCGAACAUGAUCUACAUGACCCUGCCUGUCAUUGCAACCACAUAUUUGGAUAAAACCAACCAGUGGGAGACUGUGGGCUUUCAGAAACGUGGUGAAGCCCUGCAACACAUCAAAGCCGGCUACCAGAACGAGCUUAAUUACCGUAAGUCGGAUGGUUCUUUUGCUGUUUGGACCAAUCACCAAAGUAGCACGUGGCUGACAGCAUAUGUUACCAAGGUUUUUACCAUGGCCAACGGUCUGGUGGCAAUGGAAAAAGAUAAGAUCUGUGAUGCUGUCAAGUUUCUAAUUCUCAACACACAACAACCUGAUGGCCGGUUUAGAGAAGUUGGAAAAGUGUACUAUGGAGAGAUGAUUGGUGAUGUGCGUGGCACAGAUUCAGAUGCCUCCAUGACGGCCUUCUGCCUCGUUGCUAUGCAGGAGUCACGCACACUGUGUGCUGCCACAGUGAAUAGUCUACUAGACAGUAUAGACAAAGCUGUUGCCUACUUGGAAAAGCUUCUGCCUAGCCUCACCAACCCAUAUGCUGUUGCCAUGACAUCAUAUGCCCUGGCCAAUGAAGGCAAACUGAACCGGCAGAUCCUCUACAACUUUGUUUCUCCAGAGUUAUCCCACUGGCCUGUACCUAAGGGACAGGUGUACACCCUUGAAACCACAGCUUAUGCUCUUCUGGCUUUGGUCAAGGUCAAGGCCUUUGAGGAUGCCAGACCUGUUGUGAGAUGGUUCAACAAACAGCAGAAAGUGGGCGGAGGCUAUGGAUCAACUCAGGCUACCAUGAUAGUGUAUCAGGCUGUAGCUGAGUACUGGGCAAAUGCAGAAGAACCAGAGUACGAUCUGAAUGUGGACAUCCUAUUGCCAGGCAUGUCAUUCCCUGACAAGUUCAACUUCAACAAGGACAACUACCAUAUCACCAGAACAUCUACAUUCCAUAAUAUAAACCAGGAUGUGAAAGUGACUGCCGAGGGCACCGGAGAAGCAACGCUGACAAUGGUGUCACUGUAUUACGUUCUACCUAAAGAGAAGGAGAGUGACUGUCAACAGUUUAACCUGUCUGUGCAGCUCCUCCCAGAUAGAAUGGAAGAUGAUGAGAAGAUAUACAAGCUGAAAAUAGAAGUUUUGUUUAAGGACAAGGAGCGCGAUGCAACCAUGUCAAUCUUGGAUAUUGGCUUGCUAACAGGCUUCACCGCUAACACAAAAGACCUUGACUUAUUGUCCAGAGGACAUGCCCGCACCAUUGCAAAAUAUGAGAUGAACAAAGUCCUGUCAGACAGAGGCUCACUCAUCAUCUACCUGGACAAGGUUUCUCACCAACAUCCAGAGGAGAUCACUUUUAGGAUCCAUCAGAAGCUGAAAGUGGGCAUCUUACAACCAGCUGCUGUGUCUGUCUAUGAAUACUAUGAACAGACACAUUGUGUGAAAUUCUACCAUCCGGAGAGAAGAGCUGGACAGCUUUUGAGGCUCUGCACAAAUAAUGUAUGCAUAUGUGCUGAAGAGAACUGCAGUAUGCAGAAGAAGGGUAAAAUCAACAACAAUCAGCGCACAGCUAUGUUAUGUGAGAGGACACCGACCGCAAUUGAUUUUGCUUACAAAGUGAGAGUGGAAAACUUUGAAGACGUUGGGUCCACCGACAUUUAUACAAUGCAGAUACUGCAAGUCAUCAAGGAAGGACAUUAUGAUGUGAAUCCUGAGGGUUCCCAGCGCACAUUCCUCAGUUAUCUACACUGCAGAGAGGCUUUAAAUCUGGGAAUUGGCAAAACCUUCCUUAUCAUGGGCAUAUCCGAAGAUAUUCACAGAGAUGAGGAGAGGCAAUCGUAUCAGUAUGUGCUUAGUGAGAGAACCUGGAUCGAGUACUGGCCUACGGACACAGAGUGUCAGACUGCAGAAUACAGAACAACCUGUAUGGGCAUUGAGGAGUUGGUCGUGACGUACCAAGACUUUGGAUGUCUGUCGUAGUGAAAUUCAAGGAAAUAAAAUGUUUUUUUGAAAUUAGCUGUUUUGUCUAAAACUUAAACUGCUACAAGAUAUAAGUGAUGUAAAAGUUAAAAUGUUACACUGUUGAUUAAAAUGUAAUGGUCUUA